AUGCUUCGCAAGGGAAUAACAGAGAGCUUUGGAGCUGCUAUCCAUGCCCUCAACACCACUCAGCUGACAGAUGGUGUGAUUAAGAGGAGCAAAAGGAUGAUGCUGGACACGCUAGGUGUUGGGCUGUUAGGAACCAGGACAGCUGUCUUUAACAAGGCUCUCAAAUACAGCCAGUUGUUCAUGUCUGAGAAGAGGAGCAGUGUUUGGGGUAAAUCAGACAUAUCUCUUCCUCCUGAUUACGCUGCUUUUGUCAAUGGCAUUGCGGUUCACUCUAUGGACUUUGAUGACACUUGGCACCCUGCUACCCAUCCCUCAGGAGCCGUGCUACCGACCCUGCUGGCCCUGGCAGAGACACUGCCCAGCCAGACCUCCGGUCUUGACCUGCUGCUGGCCUUUAAUGUUGGUAUCGAGGUGCAGGGCAGACUCAUGAGGUUCUCCAAAGAGGCCUACAACAUCCCUGAAAGAUUCCACCCUCCCAGUGUUGUUGGGGUGAUGGGGAGUGCUGCAGCCUCUGCUAAGCUCCUGGGUCUGUCCCCUGCACAGUGCAGUCAUGCUCUGGCUAUUGCAGCCUCCUCUGCUGGGGCUCCGUUGGCCAACGCUGCCACACAAACCAAACCCCUCCAUAUAGGAAAUGCUGCUCGGAGAGGCCUGGAGGCCGCUCAACUGGCCAAGAUGGGUCUGGAGGGGAAUCCAGACAUCCUGGAUUUGAGCCGUGGGUUUGGGGUUUACUAUAAGGACUACAGUCCUUCUGCAAUGGCAGAUUCCACAUCUAGUGACUUUAAGUGGAUUCUGGAAGAUCAGGAUGUGGCCUUCAAGCGCAUCCCUGCUCAUCUAGGGAUGCACUGGGUUGUGGAUGCAGCGCUGGCAGCCCGCGCAAAGCUUGAAGAUACAGCCGGGAACUUUGACCUCAGCCAGAUCAGGCACGUCACACUCCGAGUGCCUCCAUCCAAGUACGUUGACUGCCCCUUACCUGCCUCAGAGCACCAAGCUAGGCACUCAUUUCAGUUCAACGCUUGCUCCGCCCUGCUGGAUAACAAAGUGACGGUGUCUUCCUUCAGUGAGGCUCAGAUUAACCGGCAGGCUCUGAAGGAGCUCUUGUCUAAAGUGAAGGUGGAGACGCCUGAAGGUAACCAGCCCAGCUUUGACAAGAUGUACUGUGAAGUUGAGCUACAAACCUACCAGGGGAAGAGUUAUGUGGCCAGAUGUGAUACCUUUUAUGGCCACUGGAGGAAGCCACUGAGUCAGGAGGACCUGUUGGAGAAGUUCAGUGUUCAUGCUUCUUCAGUGUUGUGCACAGAGGGGGUGGAGGGCGUGAUUGAUGUGAUUGGAAACAUUGAGAGAGUGAAAGAGUGCUCAGUCUUGGGUUCUUAUCUGAGGAUGACAAGUAAUCAACACGAGCAGUUAUACAGCUCAAAGAAUUUGUGA